AUGACGUUCGGCACAUCCAAAGGAAUAAAGAGGUCGAAGAGCGCAGAGGACGCAAGAAGCGAGGUUAAACAUCUCGUCCCUAUCCGCCGUCUGACAUCUUCGAGCUUCGCCAUGGUCCCACGCCUCGUGCCGGCGGAUAUUGAUAUGGCCGCGACAUGGACGUCCGUAGAAGCCCCGCGAGGGACAUUCACAGUAGACAAAUCCAAAUUCUACCACCCAUCGGGACCCUUGGCCGACGACGUCUUUUGGAUGCCGCUGUCCUCUGGCGACGUUGGCCACUGUUCUAGGGACGGAUUUCGGAUCGACAAUGAUUCUUGCUCUUCCAGGGUCCUAUACCGCGCCAAGGAGAAGAAGCACCUAUCCAAGGGCCUGCUCAUGCACUGCGGCAGCCUCACAAUCGACUACCACCCGUCCGAGUCUGUCAGUCGAUGCUUUGUAGGCUUCGGGUCGAACGCCGAGCGUCGUCUCAUCAUGAUGCUGAGGACGGACUGCCAGCGAGCUGCGGCCAAGAUCACCGCUUGCAUGGCCAGCUUGUUGCAUAGCAAACUGCAGCGGGAGGGCAGCUUGCUGUGGCUGAAGCCGGGCGCGGUCGCCGAUACGUUGGAGAAAGCCGCGGACUCGUUAAUCGACCUUGCAGCGUUGGUCGACCGCUUCAUCCAGACGAUGAGGAAGCUCUAUCAAGGCAAUAAUCGGGAGGGCAAUAUGCCUGUAACGUUCAAGAAGGCUCUGUUCCUACUUGGCCUAACCAAAUGGCAUCGCAUCCACCGUGCUAUCAACGCCAUCCAGUGCCUCAAGAAGGCUUUUCGAAUUGUUGCGGACACGGAAGGACAUGCGAGCAGCAGCAGCAGCAGCAAGGCCCGUUGGUGUAUUGCGGCCAACGUGUAUGGCAUGUUGGGUUGGAGACGAGCACCAGCUAGCCUCGCCCACCAACAAAAGGCGUUACCCAAUGUAUCGACGUUGCUGGAGAUCCUUGGCGAGGUGGACUGGACCGACUUCCAAACGAGGGAUGUAGAGGAAAGAAUGAGACAAGCUGGCGUGACGGUCAGCAUCACCAAAGAAAGCAGCUUCACUCCUGCAACGUUCCGAACUCUGAUGCGGUUUCUGCAACACCGGUCGAUGGAGUUAUUGGAAUACGAUGACGAGUUUGGUGACGCGGAUGUUGGAGGGCCACAGCAGGAGCCACGAAGCUGGACGGGGGAAAUUCUGCCCGCUCACUUCCAGAUGUUGAAGGCCAUGCCGUGGGUGAGGCAUUGUUGGGCUGCAGACAGCACUUCCUUGACGGUGUUGGCACUGCCAACGUUGGAGGUGUAG